GCGGCUGCGCAAGGAGUGGAGCGCUGAAAUUCAAAUUUGAACAGGCACGACUGGGAAGGAGACUGAAAAAGAGUUGGAGCGUGAUUUCUAUUUGUUUUAUUUUACUCUUUUAAAUACUGUAUUUUUCAUUCGAAAUCCGAAAUAAUUUAGAGAAUGGAUCCGUUCACUGAGAAACUUUUAGAAAGAACACGGGCACGGAGGGAAAAUUUGCAGAAAAAAAUGUCUGAGAGACCUGCAGCAGCUGUAAGGCCAAUGGCAAAACGUUUACGGGAGCCUCUGUCAGAAACCAAUAACCAAUCUGAACAGACUCCUGUGGAAGUUAAAUCCUCUAACAAGCCAUCCCCUUCCAAACGAAGAUGUUCAGAUAACAAAGAAACUGGUGAAGUAGCGGAAGAAAACAGAAAACCUUUAAUUGAAUCCGCGUCCACAUAUGUAAGCAAACCACCAAUCCCCACUACUCCUGCUGCAUCUUGUGUUGUAAAGUCCGAUUGCGCUGAAGUAAAAAGUGACACUCUGAGCAAUAAAGUGCAUUUGACCACUUCAGUAAAGUCUCGCUUGCAGAAGUUAGCUGAGCAACGACAGUGCUGGGAUAAUAAUGAAAUUCCAGCUGAAAAUGCUUGGACUUCACCUGUUCAUCCUCCGAAACCGACCUCUCCACCUAAAAAGUCUGAAUUCUCUUCACAUGCUGUUGGAAGAAAAGGCAGAUUAGCCUGUCUUGCUGAAACAAUUAACACAUGGGAGGAUGACCUAAGUCAACCAGCUAUAAAGAAAAACAAUGCACAAGAACAGCCUGGCACCACUUGUUUAUCAAAACCGUCCACUACCAAUGUAGCAUCUGCUUGUGCACAAAACGGCAAUGUUAAAUCAAACUGUGCAUCAUAUUCUGAAACGGCUGUUGAAACAUCAGUGAAUAAGCCAGUGUCUUCUGUUCAACAGCAUUCCAAUAUUUACCCACCUAUCCAUUCAACAAGAAGUGUUCCACUGAGUCUUCAGAAUGCAAGCAUAUCAGUACCUUCACCAGUUCAACAGUCAAGCAGUUCUCAAAACACAGAGGUGUUGAAUGCACUGUCUAAGCAAACUGCUCAUGGUGUUAUAACAAAAGAUGAUUCAGAGCUUAAACGUGGAGUGACAUUGAAAGGAACUGAUCCAGAACUAUUCGAGUCAACAAAGCCAGUUUAUUCACUUCCAAAGAAAGAACCACAUACCAAAGAGACACAUGUUCAGCAAACAAAGGAAAUUUCAACACCUGGUGGUCCUGGAGUAAAAUCUUUUCUGGAACGAUUUGGAGAAAGAUGUCAAGAGCGUUCAACUCAAAGUCCAUUGUCUACUAUCAGACAAAAAACACCCACUGUUACACCAAAUACUAAGAUAAUUCAGGAGAAACUCUUUAAACCACAGCAGUCGGCUACUGCAAGUUUAACUCAGCAGAAGCGAUUGGAGCGUGAAAAAGAGCUUGCAUCUAUUAGAAGUCGUAUCCAAAAGGGAAAUAUGUGGACAGUUGAUAAAGAUGACUGUUCACUUAAACAGCCCCAAGACAAUAAAAAGGAAACCCCACAAGAAGCACAGGUCGACGAGUCUUUGAAACCUCCAGCUAAUUCUAGUUCUGAAACAUCUUUAAAAGAAGAGAGAAGUCCUUCAGAUGUGUUGCUAACUAAUGAAACAAAUCUAGAAUGUACUCCUAUACAAGCAAGCCCUGUGAAGCAAAUUACACCCUUGAGAAAGAAAGCAGGAGAACUUUGUGUUGAUACUGAAAAUGUGGUUAGCAAAACGGAGGAUGAUGUAAAUAGUUCAGCCAUUAUCAAAGACAUUUUUAAUGAUGUUCAUGAGAGAUCUGAGCAAGACGAAAGCAAAACCUCAGUUGAAAUCCAUGGCCAGGGAGAGGAAGAAGAGGAAGAUAUGAAUGAUAAUGAACUCAACAUUUCUUCUAUGUCUCUCACACCAUUAGUUGAAACUGUUGCUUCUGUGGUAACAAGUCCAGAGGUGGCAUCGCCAAGAAAAACCGCUGGUGAAUCUAGUGAAACACCUGAGAGGAAAACAAAAGGCACAAGAUACCAAAGGGCUCGAGUUCCUCGUGCAGCAUCUGUGGAUAGCCUUGAUUCUGUUGCAGAAGAAAAAAGUCUCCUCUACAGUAUUGAUGCCUACAGAUCUCAGCGAUUUAAAGAGGUUGAUCAGCCCCAAGUUAAACAAGUAAUUGUUCGUAAUGAAGAUGUUUCUCAAAGGCUAGAAGUGAAGAGUACUGCACAAGUGAAUAUCAAACAAAAAAUAAAGAUGUUGAAUAAUGAAGUAAACGUGCAACAAACAGUAAUUCAUCAAGCUAGUCAAGCUUUAAAUUGUUGCUUUGAUGAAGAACAUGGCAAAGGAUCACAAGAGGAAGCAGAAGCAGAAAGGCUUCUUCUCAUUUCUACUGAGAAAAGGACUGCAUUGCUUGCAGAGAUAAACAAAUUAAAGAAUGAAGAGCAAACUGGGGCAAAAGUUUUGGGUUCUGCUAAGGAACAAAGCUGCUAUUCUGCAUCUAAAGGCACAAUAUCUUUGUCUGAGUUACGCCUACCUCUUAAAGCUGACUUUAUUUGCUCAACUGCAAACAAAACAGAUGGAGCAAGUUACUCAUUUUUUAUUAUGAUCCGUGCUGGAGCUGAAAAUAUUGUUGCCACACCUUUGGCCAAUCCCCAGAAUGCACUGAGUGGAGACGCACUCACAUUUACAACUAAGUUUUCCCUCUCAGAGGUGUCAAAUGACUUUGAAAUUGAUUUGGAACUUUAUAGCUUGGUACAGAGACGAGAGGUUCCAUUUGAAAAGAGGAAAAAAAGCAGUAAAUCAAAGCAUCUCUGGAGAAUGGCAAAAUUUCAUCUGUCCCAUGCAAUGUGCUUUUUGGCAAUUACUCCAAAGCGUCUUCUUACUUCAAUCACUAAAAGCAAUCUUCAUACACCAGUAAUGGCGAGCCCUGGUGGUCCUAAUGCAGUUCGCACCAGUAAUUUCACUCUUGUUGGAUCACACAGAUUAACACUAGAGUCUAUCGGAAAAAAUAAACUAACUCUGGAUAAGGUGCCAUUUUUAUCUCCUAUUGAAGGCCAUGUCUAUUUAAAACUUCAGUGUCAGGUUGGAUCCUCCAUUGAAGAAAGAGGAUUUUUGACAAUGUUUGAAGAUGUCAGUGGGUUUGGUGCAUGGCACAGAAGAUGGUGUUUACUUUCAGGUUACUGCAUUUCUUACUGGACCUACCCUGAUGAUGAAAAAAGGAAGAGUCCAAUUGGUCGUAUAAAUCUGGCCAACUGCACUAGUAAGAAAAUUGAACCAGCAAAUUGGGAGUAUUGUGCUCGUCCCAAUACCUUUGAAUUAAUCACAGUAAGGCCUCAAAGAGAAGAUGACAAGGAAACACUAGUUAGCCAGUGCAGGAACACACUCUGUGUCACAAAGAACUGGCUAUCUGCAGAUACAAAAGAAGAACGCAAUAUGUGGAUGCAAAAACUGAACCAAGUUGUAAUGGAUCUUCGCAUGUGGCAACCUGAUGCCUGCUAUAGGCCUGUUUGAGCAGUAAACUUUUAAAUUUU